AGUUUUCCUUUCGAGCUAUUUGUUAAGUAAAGAUAAAAGCCUGAAACCGACGAGGAGGUUCCAGAUGUGCUAGUAACUUUUUUUAAAUCUAAAAGAUGGAUGCUUUCAGUUUCCGAGUAUAAACGUCAUCGGACUCACUAUUUAUACCUGAACGCCCAAGACACGGGAGAGCAUGAAGCUGUGCAUUCUGUUUUGCUGAUCUAACAUUAGCUAGCUACACGGUCGGCUAGCAAGCUAAUAUUUAAGGUGUCGCCAGCAAACAUUGGCUGGCUGAUAGUCAUUACGCUUGUCGUUGACCUGAUGUCGCUGAUGUUGAUGAUGGUGUGAUGAAAACCAUCUUAGCAGUCUAUUUUUGCAAAUAUGGCACCGAAGCUCGAGAGUACUGCGCAUCCAAAUUCCAGCACAAUUUAGCCUGGCCAAAAAUGCCAAGUUUGCUCUUGGUAGUACAUGCAUAAUCUCGCUAGUUAGCUUAGUAGCUAGUGUGUUUUUUUCCUGUCAAAAUAGCGGUAACCUUAAACCAAUGAUACCAAUAGCUAGCUAGCAAGCUAAUCUAGUCUAUCUGAAUCGGCAAUUGGCGUCGUCGACAGUAUUGGUGAACGGAGACCCUCCUGAAGGACUGGUCAAGCACUUGAAGGAGAAAGGUGUCUUAAUUGAAUAGACGUGAAGUAUGGCUGCCACUUUAUCAGCAGAGGAAGAACAGGCCACUAAACAGUUCCUGGAGGAGAUCAAUAAAUGGACCAGUCAGCAUGGCGUCUCCCCUCUGUCUUGGGAUGUGGCUGUGAAGUUUCUUAUGGCACGCAAGUUUGACGUCCUUCGAGCCAUCGAGCUUUUUCAUAGCUACAGGGAGACACGCCUACGGGAGGGCAUCGUCAGACUGCAGCCGCAGGAAGAGCCCCUGCGCUCUGAGCUCCUCAGUGGAAAGUUCACCAUCUUGGGAGUAAGAGACCCCUCAGGUGCUUCCAUAGCUCUGUACACAGCCAAGCUGCACCACCCCAACAAAUCAGGCAACCACGUGGUGCUGCAGGCACUGUUCUACCUGCUGGACAGAGCAGUAGAGAGUUUUGAGACUCAGAGAAAUGGUCUCGUGUUCAUCUAUGAUAUGGCAGGAUCCAGCUACAACAAUUUUGAACUGGACCUGAGCAAGAAGAUUCUCAACCUGCUGAAGGGUGCGUUCCCUGCCCGGUUGAAGAAGGUGUUCAUAGUUGGAGCUCCAGUCUGGUUCCGAGUGCCCUACAACCUGCUCAGUCUGCUGCUGAAGGAGAAACUCAGAGAGCGGGUCCAGAUGGUGAAGAUGGCUGACCUGCGACAGCACCUUCCUCGGGACUGCCUGCCCGAGCACCUGGGUGGCUGCCUGGCCCUGGAUGUGUAUGGUUGGAACCAGCGGCUGCUAGCCGAGCAGAACGGGCGCGUGGACCCCGUUGAUGAACUGGUGGGCAUCCCGCUGGAGGAUGCCUCGGUGCACACGCCAGGCCUGGAUGGAACGCACCCAACCGAGUUUGCCGCCCACCUGGGCCGAGCCCAGCGCACCGGCAUAUACCAGGAAUACGAGGAGUUGCGCCAAGAGCAGCCUUCCGGAACCUUCCACUGUGCACUGGCUGCCUGCAACCAGGAGAGGAAUCGCUAUGGUGACGUUUUGUGUCUUGACCAAACACGCGUCAGACUGAAAAGUAGGAGAAAUGAGAGAUCAGACUACAUCAAUGCCAGCUUCAUGGAUGGCUACAAACAGAAGAAUGCAUAUAUUGGAACUCAAGGCCCACUGGAAAAAACCUACGGAGAUUUCUGGAGAAUGGUGUGGGAGCAAAACGUGCUAGUCAUCGUCAUGACAACAAGGACAGACGAGGGGGGCAGAAGGAAGUGUGGUCAGUACUGGCCCCUGCAGGAGGGGGGGCAGGAGGUAUACGGACAUGUAGCUGUAGUCAGCCAGAGAGUGGACAACCACUCCCAUUACAACCAGACCACUUUGGAGCUGCAUAACACAGAGACCUGUGAGCAGAGGCAGGUGACUCACUUCCAGUUCCUAAGCUGGCCUGACUAUGGUGUCCCCUCCUCCGCACUCUGUCUGCUCGACUUCCUGGGUGCCGUGAAGCAGCAGCAGAGGAGAGCAGUGAAGGCCCUGGGCUCCCAGUGGAGAGGGCACCCCCUGGGGCCUCCCAUGGUCGUCCACUGCAGCGCAGGCAUCGGCAGAACGGGUACGUUCUGCGCAUUAGACAUCUGCCUGUCCCAGCUACAGGACGUGGGCACUCUGAAUGUAUAUCAGACGGUGAGGCGUAUGAGAACUCAGCGUGCCUUCAGCAUCCAAACGCCAGAACAGUAUUAUUUUUGCCACACCGCCAUACUCGAGCAUGCCCAGCGACAGGGACUGCUGUCUACCAAUCAGUGAGGGACAGAAUCCAAUUUCUGUCAGUCAGUGAGACAGAGAUUGCCCUCAACCAAUCAGUGACACUGAGAGUGUGCUCUUUAGCCAAUCAAUAGGCUGUUUGCUAAUAGACUGAGCAUAAAUCCUGGAGGCCCUGGAGAAUCUUCUUAACAAUGGUCAAGGACCCACUCAUCUGACAGACAUUCCAAGCAAAGCACUUGUAACUCAGAGAUUGGUGAUGUGUGAAGUGCCACAAUCAUAGCUAACUAACACUGUUUUUACCAAGAGAUCUAAAUCUCUGUUGAAUCCAUCUAAAGACUGAAAACGUUAAUCUGUCUCGUAUCCAAUCAGUAAUACUGUAUGAAAUGAAGGUAUUCAUACUGUGGUUUAAUGUUUGUAAGUCAUUAGUGGCCAAUAGUUCUUUUUGUGACUGUCAAAAAGUUCACAUUACUUUGGCUGCCAAUACGUCAUUACAUAUUUUUCAAAGUUAAGAAAUCUGCAGUCAAAACAAACUUUCAAAAGAACCUUUUGCCCAUCAGGUUGUUAAUGUAUCCUCCUAUAUGGCUGCAAUGAUUAAAACACUUCAUAUUUCAAAACCA